UCCACGCAACAAGAAGCACAUAUUUGUUAGUCCUACCCGACCCAUGUGGCUGAUUGGACCGCCUUCCCAGAGGAGGAAGAGGAUGAUGACCAUGAUGAUGAUGGACGAGCGUCUGCAGUCACCCUCCGCGCGCACCCUGCUUCACCACCCGGGCAACCCGGCCAGGGUGCACAGCAUCGAGGCCAUCCUGGGCUUCAAGGAGGACCUCUUGUUCCAUAAGUCGGCCGCCUGCAGCCUCGCAGACAAAGUUGGGGGCAAGAACUCCGCGGAAGCCGGCCAGAAAAGUCACUUCGCAGACAGUUUGGACGGCGCGUGCUGUCGCAGCGGUGCGUGCGCGUGCGCUGGUGUUGAUGGCGGCGACGCGCCGCCGUGUGCCGACUCGCCGGAACGGGAGGUCUGCAAGCUGUCGGACGACGAGAACCCGAAGAAGAAGCACCGCCGCAACCGCACCACGUUCACCACCUUCCAGCUGCACGAACUGGAGAGAGCCUUCGAGAAGUCUCACUACCCGGACGUGUACAGCCGAGAGGAGCUGGCCCUCAAAGUCAACCUGCCAGAGGUCCGAGUACAGGUGUGGUUCCAAAACCGCAGGGCCAAGUGGCGUCGCCAGGAGAAGCUGGAAGUGAACUCCGUCAAGCUCCAGGAGACCGCCGCCGCCUCCUCCUUGCUCUCCUUCGGCCGCCCCCCCGGCUCGGGCUCCCUGGGCUCCCUGGGCUCGGGCCUGCAGCUGGACCCCUGGUUGGCCUCCCCCAUCGGGGCCUCCGCCACCCUGCAGUCGCUCCCGGGCUUCAUGGGCGGCGGCGGUAGCGCCUACGCUGUCUCGCCUCCCCCAUCCGUGCAGCCCUCCUUCCUCAACGCCCCCGCCCUGGGGCACACCACCCACCUGACCCGGAUGGGCUCCAUGUGCCCCCCGCCGCUGUCGGCCUACCAGUGCUCGUCAGAUCCGAGGAACAGCAGCAUCGCCUCAUUGAGGAUGAAGGCCAAAGAACACAUUCAGUCUAUUGGCAAGACGUGGUGACGGAUAUGGCUCCUGAGUCUGCGGGAAAACCGAUGGGAUUGGCAGGCCGAUGUUGCUAUGGCAACACUCUGACUGACACAAACUGUGAAAAACGUUUCAUUCAGUCUCAUUCUUACCUGUUGCAACAUGGAUUAGCUAUUUAUUUCACACUUCUACAUGAAAAUCCCUUUCUGAUGUUUCUGGACGUCAAAAUCUGUCUGAUGUGAAUAGUUUCAAGACAAUAAACUUGAUAUGUAAAAGCAAAACAACAAUUGAGUUGUAGAAUACCGUACUGGCGUAUAUUGAGGAACCGCAAGGUUGAAAAUAAUCCAUUCCAGGAUGCUGGUAAACGUUUGAUUUGUUUGGAUUCUGAAACAAUUUCUCCCAUAGGAAAUAUAGUGGGGCCUCGAGAUACGAGUUGAAUUUGUUCGAUGACCACGCUCGUGACUCAAAACACUCAAAUGAUAUUUCCCAAUUGAAAUAAAUGGUAUUUGCGAUGAAUCUGUUCCAGCCGCUCAAAAAAAAAAAAAAAGUUUGCAUUGUGUUUUCCAAUAUGAUAAAUAGGACUGUACAAUAUUGUUUUUUUUGCACAGAAAUGCACAGAAAUGACAUAAACUGUCCCAUUUUUUGCUUCAAUUCAGUGGACAUUAUGCCACUCCUUCUGGUGUGUGCACUUUGGCCACCUGGAGGCAGUAAAAUAUAAACAUACGGAUAUACAUGGUGACGUCUCAGCUCCUGAGUGAAGCUGCAGUAAUAUUAAUAAUUCUUCGCAGAGUCCAAAUAUAUGCCUGUAAUAUCUCUCUACAUGUGUUGUUCCGCCGUCAGAAGUGAACCUCUGUGAAACGUCAAAAGCAAUAAAACGUUUGACCUUAACUUUGACUACAAGUGACAAGAUUUAUGGUGACAUCGGAGUCUUACUACUUGGAAUGUCACUUCAUAACGUAUAUUGUUCUCUUUGAAUCUUCUUCUCUUAGCAGGCCCCGUUGAGGCUGCCCCGUAGUGAACAAGAGAAAAGAAACAAAAGACAAACACCCACACAAAGCGAGGUUUCAUGAGCUACGUAAUGAGCUCAAACUCAAUAUAUUGUCUGAGAUAUUUUUCACAAAGAUUGAAGACUUAAAAGAGAAUCCACCAUACAAGGGGUUCUUUGUUCACGACAGAGUACCGUUCCUAUGUUUUUGCAUUUUCAUUUCAGGUAUCAUUCAGAUAGACGUGAGGCCAUCCGCAUUUGACAGCCUAGGUUGAGCGGUUUUCAUAAGCAUACCAAAGGCUUCUAGCGGAAGAUUUCAGUAUGAGUGAAGCUUUACAUUUUGCCAAGCAUCCGCUGAAUCCAGCUUUUGUCGGUGCGGAGUUCCAGUGCAGCCCUUCAGAUAAACCUUCCCUGGCUUUGCGCGAAUGCCUGCUCUAAGAGUUCAGUGUUUUUUUUUUGUUUUCCGCUGUGUGGCUUGUCAAGAACAGAUAUCUUGUUUCUAGGAAUUUGCCAUGGAUAGCAAUGAAUUGUACUACAUUUUUAAAGCGCUGAACUGCUUUCACGUACAGAAAACCUCUCGCCAGGUGGCAAAACUGCAUCGCUGCUCCAACGUCAAUUGGCGAACCACGGGCAAGUGAAGGAUACAAAAAAACUGCAAAGCCUAUGCUGUCAAAUGCUGAUGGCCUUAUGUGUGUCCGAAUAAUACUGUAUCCGAAACUAAAUAGAAAUAA